GCGCGCUCGGUCUACGCGUCCGGGGCCCCGCGGGGCCGGGCCCGGAGUCGGCAUGAAUCGCUGCUGGGCGCUCUUCCUGCCUCUCUGCUGCUACCUGCGUCUGGUCAGCGCCGAGGGGGACCCCAUUCCUGAGGAACUCUAUGAGAUGCUGAGUGACCAGUCCAUCCGCUCUUUUGAUGACCUCCAGCGCCUGCUGCAUGGAGACUCCGUAGAUGAGGACGGGGCUGAGCUGGACCUGAACAUGACUCUGGCCCGCUCUGGAGGUCAGCCCGAAAUCUCAUCUCGCGGGAGGAGGAGCCUGGGUUCCCUCACGGCGGCGGAGCCCGCCAUAAUCGCCGAGUGCAAGACGCGCACCGAGGUGUUCGAGAUCUCUCGGCGCCUCAUCGACCGCACCAACGCCAACUUCCUGGUGUGGCCGCCCUGCGUGGAGGUGCAGCGCUGCUCCGGCUGCUGCAACAACCGCAACGUGCAGUGCCGGCCCACGCAGGUGCAGCUGCGGCCCGUGCAGGUGAGAAAGAUUGAGAUCGUGCGGAAGAAGCCCACCUUUAAGAAAGCCACAGUGACCCUAGAGGACCACUUGGCCUGCAAGUGUGAGACAGUGGUACCUGCCCGGCCUGUGACCAGAAGCCACGUGGGGUCCCAGGAACAGAGAGCCAAGACGCCCCCAGCUCGGGUGACCAUUCGGACAGUGAGAAUCCGCCGGCCCCCUAAAGGGAAGCACCGGAAGUUCAAGCACACACAUGACAAGAUGGCGCUAAAAGAGACCCUCGGGGCCUAGGGGCCUUGGCAGGAGAGUGUGGGCAGGGUUAUUUAAUAUGGUAUUUGCUGUAUUGCCCCCAUGGGGUCCUUGGAGUGAUAUGUCGUUUCCCUCGUCCGUCUGUCUCGAUGCCUGAUUCGGACGGCCAAUGGUGCUUCCCCCACCCCCACGUGCCUGGCCACCCUCCACCAGCGCUGUCCCUCUUGCAGCCUGCCCUCCCCCAGUUCCAGAAGCAAACGAAGGACUCAACUCCAUACUUCUUCCUCCUGCAACCCCAAGAACCCGAGAUGAGAGCUCCAGAACAUCCCGGGGGUCCUGUGGACCGUGGACUGGCCCCAGGAGCCCAGCACAUGGCCUGAGGACCUCGGCACAGGCUGCCUGGUCCCUGGAUCUCCGGCCAGCUGGAGGGGGACAUAUCCAGGCAGGUUGGAGUCCCUUACAGCGUCGUGGCCAGGACCACGCGGGGAGCACGGACUGCAGAACGCCACCCCCACCGCAGUGUCCACACCUGCCGCUCGGCUCCUCUCCCCGUCUCUUCUGCUCGCAGUGGCUUCCUUGCGUUUUAGAAGUCUGAAAUCUUGGAAGACAUGGGCUCCUCUGUGCAGGCGGCCACGUGCUCUCUCUGAUGCGUUAGAGAUACAAUUUAUGUUUGAAGUGAACAUAAAAGGUGACUCUCACCUCUUCUCUCUUCUUCACCCCAUUUACUUCUUCCUGUUUUCUUUCUUUCUUUCUUUCUUUCUUUCUUUCUUUCUUUCUUUCUUUCUUUCUUUCUUUCUUUUUGUACCUCCACUCUGUGUCUUCCUUCUUCCCAUCUUGGUCCUUCUGUCUGCUCCCCCAUGGGGCUCUUGGACCCCGUUUGAGACCCCACACGACUGCAGACAUUCUUUCUUGGGACAGGAGACCUGCCCAUCAUAUUCCGGCCCCAACCUAGACUGCUACAUGAGCUUGUGCAGGACAGGUACUGCGCAUGGGCACCACAUGCAGGGAGGGCUAGCCACACCCUGGAGGAGGCUGCUUUGUCUGUUUAUUAUGACGUUCUGGCACGCGUAAGUCGAGUGUCUGAGGAAAGGGAUCCUUGUCCUGAUUCACACAAAGACUCUGCGGAGUGGCCGUGCCCUGUCCCAUCCCGUGGCUUGGAGUUGUCAGAUGGAAGUGAGCCUGUGGUGUGUGGGGGGAGGUAAUAGCGUGGUUAAUCAUCUCCACUUCCAAGGCCUGCUGCCCCCGUCCUGUUUCUGGUGGGCAUGGGAUGCUAGGGAAAGGUCUCUUAAGAAAGGAGCAGAGCCCCUGUGCCCCCCUUCUGCUUGCACAGUCCUCCCCCACCCCAGAUCCUUGUGUUCUACCUGGUGGCUCUUGCCAGGAAAACACUAGGAGUGGGGGAGGGAAGGGAGAGCCCCAGAGCCCACCCUGGGGACCCGAGCAGUCCACGCCCACCUCAUCUCCCCUGCACUUUCUUCUUCCCCUCCCACAUCUGCUUCCUUCAGUUUGUAAAGUCGGUGAUUAUAUUUUUGGGGGCUUUCCUUUUAUUUUUUAAAUGUAAAAUUUAUUUAUAUUCCGUAUUUAAAGUUGUAAAAAAAAAAAAUAACCACAAAACGAAACCAAAUGAAUCCGCCGGAGGUCUGUCUGUUGGCAUCGCGCGUGACGAUUAACCUUUCUGCGUUGGCAGGCUGCGCCGACAGCUUGUUACGUGUUCCUCUCACUCCGGGCGGCCAGGCUUCCUCGCACAUCUCCGUGCACACACAUACACAUACGCAGCACACACGUGCACACGCAGGCACGGCUCCAAGGGAGGCCUCUGGCUUUGGGGAUGGAGAGCGGCUCCUGAUACAUUGGCCCUGGGCCCAUUUCUGCUGGUGAUGAGAGAGGUUUUUGCAACAUGGUCCACACGGAGGGUCACAGAUCCGCAGCUUGGUGGAGUGACACGUGCAGGGGCUGGAUGAGAUCCUCAGGGGCCAUAGGAGUCAAAUGAUGCAGCUCACAGACCUGAUCGUGGGGCUGGGCGCUCACCCUUCAACCACUGUGUGGUCUGGAGCCAGUACAGG